AUGUUUGUUAAUCGAAUUCUUCUUCUGGAGCUGAUGAUAAAAGCCUUAAGAUGCUACGUAUUCUCGACUUUGUUCUCGUGGAGUGAAAGCUGGAUACUAAAAGUGGAUAAUAUAAAGAAGUUUGAAUCAUUUGAGAUGUGGUGCUAUAGAAGGAUUUUGAAAACACUAUGGACACAACGAGUUACAAAUGCAGAAGUAUUAAGAAGGCUACAAAAUAAUUACGAGGUCAUAAAGCACAUCAACACAAGAAAGAUGGAAUAUUUAGGAUACAUUACUAGAGGUGCGAAAUAUGGGAUAUUAAGGCUCAUAAUGCAAACUAAAAUCCAGGGUAAAAGAUCCAUAGGAAGACGAAGAAUUUCCUGGCUAAGAAACCUAAUAGAAUGGUAUCGUUGCUGCUCAGUAGAUCUUUUCAGAGCAGCCGCCAAUAAGGUGCGGAUAGCUGUGAUGAUAGCCAACCUCCGAUAG